CACCGCAACGGACAAGCAACGGCAUGGCAGAUGCUCAACCAUGACAGGGAAGCAACUAUCUGACGACCGCCGAGCGAUUCUGUCGAGGUUACUGCAAAUCACAAAACUCAGUAACCGCGAAAUCGCCUGGGUUCUUGGCGUCCACGAGAGGACAGUUCAACGGCGGAGGGACGAGUUCGAGGCGACGGGGCAGGUCAAGAAGCACAAGGAUGUCAGCAAGAACGCCGAGAAGCUGAAGCCGCAACAUGUCGAGAGGCUACUGGAAUGGCACAAGGACCACCCCGAUGCUCUCCUCGGUGACAUGCAGCGCUUCCUGCAGACGUGUUGUGGCCUCGCUGUCAGCGUCCCUACAAUCAGCCGGCAGCUGAGAAAAGCGUACGGCGGAAGGGUUUUGGCAAGCGGGCGGGGCGCGCGGAUACGGUCGCGGAAGCAGAGAGAGGCAGAAGGACGCUCCAUCGCCCUCGAGCUCCAGCAAGGGGUCGCCAACGGCGACAUAAACCGUGCUCAGGACGCUGCCGUGGAGCUGUAUCACGACCAGCGACAGUUGGCUCCGCUCCAAGAGAUACUGGCGCCGCAGCACGAGUUGCGGCAACAGCAGGAACAGGAGAUCUCGGCGUAUCACGUUGCGGGCGGGCUGCAGUAUCAAGCUGGCAGUGACCGCCAGCAACUGCGGUACGAGCUCGACCUCAACUCGUGGAACCUGAGGAUCUGGGGCGUGGCCGCCUCGGGCUUCCUGACGGACUCAUACAACCUAUUUGCCACCAAUGUCAUCCUCUCUACCGUUUCGUUCGUCUACUUCCCGUACGACAAAUGGGUCGGCUUGGUCAUCAACCUCUUCACCCUCCUCGGCUCCGUCCUCGGGCAGUUUCUCUUUGGCUACCUCGCCGACCGGUAUGGGAGGACCCGUCUGUACGGCAUCGAGCUCGUGCUUGUCAUCGUCUCCACCAUCGGCGUGGCCACGACCAGCAGCGGCUAUGGCGACCUCUCCUUUUUGGCCCUCUUUACCUGGUGGCGUUUCGUGAUGGGAGUGGGAAUCGGCGCCGAAUAUCCCUUGUCGGCCGUGAUAACGUCGGAAUGGGCCAGCACCUCCUCGAGGGCAACUAUGCUGGCGUCCGUGUUCCUGAUGCAGCCCGUCGGCCAGGCGCUCGCCCAGAUCGUUGGCCUCUUGGUCCUGCUGGGCCAGGACCGUGCCCACGGUCUUCAGGAGAAGCAAUGCGGGCUUGACUCGCUGUAUGAGGAGGAGUGCAAACAGAUCAUCGAUGGGACGUGGCGCAUCGUCAUAGGCUCUGGCGCCGUGCCCGCGUUGCUGGCUAUCAUCUUCCGGUUCUUCCUUUACGACUGCGGCCUUUACACGCUCGAGGUCAAGAAGCAGCCGGGGAACGCGUUCAGGGACACGCAGCGGGUGUAUGGAGCACCCCCGACCACCAACGGCAUAGCCCUGUCCCCCCACGGUGGCGCAAACCCAUUUGAGAUGGAACCGAUGCCCCAGCAGUUCUCCAUGCAGGAUCUGCACACAUACUUCAUCAAAGACAAGAACUGGUACUACCUCCUCGGUACCGCCAUGACCUGGUUCUUUCUCGACGUCUCUUUCUACGGCUUCAGUCUCGACAAUCGAGGCACCCUCGCCGAUCUGUGGGCCACGACGGGAAGGGCCGACCUCAAUCCCAGCCUUCCGUGCUGGAAUUCCUCGCUUCCCAACGGCACGUCGCUUGUCCCGACGUGGAAAACCGACGGCCUGCCUACCUGGCAGACCGACGCCACCCAGCCCUGCAACACCAUUUACGACACGACCAUCGCGCAGACCAAGCAGUAUCUGCUCACAGUGUCGGUCGCGUCUAUAGCGGGGAGCGCCUGCUUCAUCUAUUUUGCCAACCGGAUCCCCCGCCGGCAAUGGCUGACCUCGUCCUUUAUCAUCCUAACCCUCCUGUUCCUCGUGACCGGCGGCGUCUACUACGGCGUCUCCCACAAGGCCGGCGCCCCCGCGACCGUCGUGUGCGUGGCCAUCUGCCAUUUUGCCUUUAACUUUGGCGCCAACACCCUCACCUUCAUCAUCCCCGCCGAGAUCUUCCCGACCUGCUAUCGCUCGACCUGCCACGGCAUCUCCGCGGCGUCCGGCAAGCUGGGCAGCAUCGUCGCCGUGCUCGUCGUCUACGGCAUCAACUCGGGCUACAAGAGCUCGACCAGCCAGGGCCUCGUCUUCCUGCUCUUCGCCACCUUCAUGGCCCUCGGCGCCCUCUACUCGUGGGCCUACCUCCCGGACGUGCAGCGCGUCGUGUACGACGGGCCCGGCGGCCGCCGCCGCCUCGAGACCAAGAACCUCGAGGAGCUCGGCGAGGGCCACAUGCGCGCCCGCCUCGAGGGCCAGGUCAUCACCAUGCGGGACAAGUGGGACGACCUGAAGGAGCGGAUCCGGCGCAGGAGACGGUUGACUGGGGGCGGGGACCAGCCACCGGGGCCGGCCGAGGUGGAUGGACAGGGUGUUGCGGGCGUUGCGUGA